AUGCUGCUAUGGAAAGAGAUGCUCAUAGAAAUGGGAAAUGGGACAACUGUCGAAGAAUUCAUAUUGGUGGGGUUUCCUACUGUCCAGCAUCUCGGAAAGGUCCUCUUCCUGGUGCACCUGCUGGCGUACCUGGGGUCCAUUGCAGGUAAUGGGGUCAUAGUUACUAUCAUCUGUACUGACUCCCAACUCCAGACACCUAUGUACUAUUUCCUCAGCAUUUUCUCUUCCUUUGAGUGUUGCUUCAUAAGUAUUGUUAUUCCUAAGUUUCUGAUCAUCUUUCUUUUAGGCAAGCAAACUAUUUCCCUUACUGCCUAUUUCAUAUAAGCCUUUGUCUUCAUAUUUCUGGGAGCAACAGUUUUCUUCCUCAUAGCAGUGAUGUCUCUGGCUUGGUACAUGGCCAUUUGCAAGCCUCUGCAUUACCUGACCAUCAUGAACCUGAGGACUUGCUCCUUCCUGGUCACUAGCUGCUUUGCUUUGAGUUUUACUCUUAUUACUGAUCUGAUUGUGAAGAUUUCACAGUUAUCCUUCUGUGGCUCCCAUGUCAUCCCCCACUUCUUCUGCGACCUUGGCCCGCUGAUUCAUGUCUCCUGUUCUGACACCAAAUCUGUUGAAAUGUUCGCCUUUGUCCUUGCUUUAUGAAUCCUGUUGACAUCCCUCAUCAUAACCAUCUUUGCAUACAGCAACAUAGUAUACAUAAUCAUGCAACGCUCAUUGGCCAAGGAGCGACAAAAAGCUUUCUCCACCUGCUCAUCUCAUCUCAUUGUUCUGUCUCUGAUGUAUGGCAGCUGUGUCUUUACAUAUGUGAAACCAAAGCAAACAAACAGGCUGGAUGCCAACAGGGAGGCUGCCCUUGUGAACGCAGUGGUGACUCCGUUGCUGAACCCUGUCAUCUACACUCUGUGGAAUAAGCAGGUUCACCAGGCUCUUAAAAGAAUGAUGGGCAGAGUGAAAAUAUCAAGAUAA